AAAGUUGCGUUGCAAGAAGUCCGUGAUGAUUAUAUCGCGAAAGCUUCACCUCUCUGAGAGACAAAGGCAGUAGUUGUCAGUGUUAGCUACCGGAAGUCCUGAACGGGUAUCCUCGGAGGAAGCAUGAACUCAUUCGGAGUUUCGGAAUUCGCUGGGCGCGUCGGAGAAUUAGUGAAGAAAACGCUGACUGGUGAUGACCCUCGGAAGGAUUCGCCAUCCCCACCAGCCCCUUAUUUAAUUACAGCUGUCCGACCUCGGAGUCUUUCGAUCAUAAAUGAACAAUAUUUCGCUGGAUUGGACUCGACGUUCUCUUCGAUGAGUUCCGCAUCAGAACUCGAGUUGGCGAUAGAUAAAUGUAAACAGAUGAUACUGGAGUCGGAGGAGAAAUCCGACAGGAGAUACAAUCUCAUACGGAAACUGGUGGAGUUACGAUGGAACCUACAGGAGAUCAGAAACGGGCCGCAGACUCCUAUCCUAGAACAAUCCUUUACCGUGAUGGGCCACGUUUUCGUGUCGGGGAAACUAGAUGAGACUGAUUCGUAUUGUGAAAAAUGCUGCACAAGGAUUUGGGAUUUCGUCAAUAUGGGACUCAAUCAAUACUACACCUGUGAUAAGUGUCGAUAUAAAUGCCACCAGAAGUGCCUCAACUCGAUAACAAGGAGCUGUGCAUACCUGAAAUCACACGAUUACGAGUUUGAAAUCUGCCCGGAAAUGGGACUCUCAGUGCAACAAUUUAAAUGUUUCGAAUGCCGAUCCCCUCUCUUCUCCCCGGGUUUGAAACUUUUGCCGCAAAUGGAGGCGGCCAGGCGGUUGUGCGACUCCUGCGGGCGAUGGUUCUGCUCGUACUGCCAUUGGAACACGGAGAUGGUGAUUCCGGCGAGGGUGAUCCACAACUGGGACUUCGUACCAAGAAAGGUAUGUCGUGGAUGCGUCCAGUUCUUACGCCUCAUGCUCAAGCGACCGGUGCUCGACGUGGAGAAACUGAACCCGUACCUGUUUACGCACGUUGAAGAGCUCCCAGCUGUGAAGAUCCUGCGGGAAGAUCUACAACAAAUGAAGCAGUACCUAACGAGCUGCCACAUCGCCCGAUCGAAGAAGCUCCUGUGGCUGCUGAACAAACGGCAUCAUUUCGUCGAAAACUCACAGAUUUACUCGAUGCAAGACCUCCAGGACCUCGAGGCGGGAACCCUCAUCCGAUAUCUCCAGCAAGUGGCGAAAGUCUACGAGGCUCACAUCACAAAAGAGUGUGAGAGCUGCAUGGGGAAAGGAUAUCAUUGUGAGUUGUGUUCGUCGAAGGAACUUAUUUUCCCUCUGAGCAGAGAGCUGACCUCGCGAUGUCCGGACUGUCUGGCAGUCUAUCACAGGGAAUGCUACCGCAACCGCAAAGCGUUCUGUCCACGCUGCGAUAGAAUGGCUCAGAGAUCAUCAUCACCGUGAGCGUGACAUAACCGUGAAGGAAUGAUCACAUGCUGGAGAAUCGGUGCGCAAUCGUGGGGGUCCACACCGAGAGUUGCGAGUCGUCCCCAGAAUAGCGACGGAGGGUUCUCUCGGAAUCAGAGAAAUUCUGAAGAUCUUCCUCAUCGAGAGGAAAAUGUACCAAGUG